CAGGAAGCCUGCUUUGAGAUUUAGAAUAAAUGAUAAUAAUAUAUGGAAGUGUAAGUGGUUGACAUUGUGAAGGUUUGAGGGUGACGCCGGCACCAGCCAUCACUGCUGCACCAGCCAGCACACAUACAAAGAUCUACCCUCUGCUUGGUUACAUAAAGCAGCCACUACUACUACUACCACCACCACUACCACCACCAUGUCCAUUACAAAAGUCUUCGCUCGCAGCAUCUUUGAUUCCCGUGGCAACCCCACAGUGGAAGUUGAUCUGUACACCAGCAAGGGUCUGUUCCGUGCAGCUGUGCCCUCCGGCGCAUCCACUGGCGUCCAUGAGGCCUUGGAAAUGCGAGAUGGAGAUAAAUCAAAGUAUCACGGAAAGUCUGUCUUCAAUGCAGUCAAGAAUGUCAAUGAUAUAAUUGCCCCAGAGAUCAUUAAGAGUGGCCUAAAAGUGACCCAGCAGAAAGAGUGUGAUGAAUUCAUGUGCAAGCUGGAUGGUACAGAGAACAAGAGUCACCUUGGUGCUAAUGCUAUUCUCGGUGUCUCGCUGGCUGUCUGCAAGGCUGGUGCAGCUGAACUAGGAAUUCCUCUGUACAGGCAUAUUGCCAAUCUUGCUAACUAUGCAGAUGUGAUCCUGCCUGUGCCAGCCUUCAAUGUGAUCAAUGGUGGUUCUCAUGCUGGCAACAAACUAGCCAUGCAAGAGUUCAUGAUCCUUCCCACUGGAGCAGGAAGUUUCACAGAGGCUAUGCGAAUGGGCAGUGAAGUUUAUCAUCACUUGAAGGCAGUCAUCAAGUCUCGCUUUGGUCUCGAUGCCACAGCUGUCGGAGAUGAGGGUGGUUUUGCCCCUAACAUUCUUAAUAAUAAGGAUGCCCUCAAUCUUAUCCAAGAAGCCAUCAAAAAGGCUGGUUAUGAAGGAAAGAUUGAAAUAGGUAUGGAUGUGGCUGCAUCUGAAUUCUACAAACAAAAUAAUAUCUAUGACCUGGACUUCAAGACAAGCAACAACGAUGGAUCUCAGCAGGUUUCUGGUGACCAGCUGAGGAAUCUCUACAUGGAAUUCUGCAAAGAGUUUCCUAUCGUCUCCAUUGAGGACCCCUUCGAUCAGGAUGACUGGGAUAACUGGACCAAGAUGACUGCUGGAACUGAUAUCCAGAUUGUUGGUGAUGAUUUGACUGUGACCAACCCCAAGCGUAUUACCACAGCUGUUGAGAAGAAGGCUUGCAACUGCCUGCUCUUGAAGGUCAACCAAAUAGGUACAGUCACUGAAUCCAUCAAUGCCCACCUUUUGGCUAAAGAAAAUGGCUGGGGCACUAUGGUCUCUCACAGAUCUGGGGAGACAGAAGAUUGCUUCAUUGCUGACCUAGUUGUGGGUCUGUGUACUGGACAGAUCAAGACUGGUGCUCCCUGCCGCUCUGAGCGUCUGGCAAAAUACAACCAAAUCCUUCGUAUUGAGGAAGAGCUUGGGGCCAAUGCCAAGUUUGCUGGCAAGAACUUCAGGAAACCCUGUUAAGAUAUUUAAAUUCUCAAACCUUAAAAUCCUGUAAGAAUGUUGUUGCAUUAACUUGGGGAAAUAGUAUAAUGCCUCUAACAUGGCCUUUAAGACUUGAAAGUUUUAAUGGUCUUUGUGAAGUGGUUGUGCUUGUAUGAUGUGAAAAAUUAAACUCUGAAUUGAAAGGUUGUUUCAGUUUUUUAUGUAUAGUUUAUGGAUAGUGGUAAGAUGUUUCAAAAACUAGGAAGUAAAGUGUUGCGUCUACAGCCAGGGAGUUCUGUAUAUUCCAGAUGUUUUAGCAGUUGUGUUUUGACUUAGAUUGCAAUACAUUGUAUGGAGAAAUUACUCUGCUAAUAGAAAUUUCAAUUUAUUGGCUAGUCAUGUCUCUUGUCAUAGAUCUUCACAAUGUGGUAUAAUUGUCCUAUUCAUAUAUACCUGCAAAGUAUUUGCAUGAGUGAUAUGUAUAUAAGGAACAUAAAAACAUGGAAAUAUA